AUGUGGAAACCCUCAUCUAAAUCGAGAGCAGAAGAUGAAAAUCGGAGUAGAGACUCGAAAAUAUCGCACAUUUCUAAAUAUAACUACAAAUCGAGUGAAAACACACACAGAGACCACAAAUACAGCGAUAAUUAUCACAGACGUGAUAUAAGAAAAACAUCCUCGAGACAGAGCACAUAUGGAGGAGAAAACUCUAGAGAAAGUAGAUAUCAUGAACCGAGAUAUAGCACAUCGUCAGCAGACGAUAAUUUAAUGCACAAAUAUAAAAAAAUAAGACACAACUACAGCGAAUAUGAGCCAUCAGAUAGGAAGUACGAGGAUCAUAGCUACGAAUCGAGGAGAAUGAGCGAUAAGUACAGACCACAGUCACAGAGAAGCGACUACAAAAGCACAAAAAGGUCAUACCACUCGCCAUCGAGCCCAAAGCAGCGCUACAGCCCAUACAAGUCAUACGAAAAAUUGAGUUCAUACAGAGCGUAUGACAAGUACAAACACGAAAGUAUAAGUCCAAGGACUCCAGCGUCAGAAGGAAUGACACCACUGAACAAAAAGUUAUCGCCGCCACCACUACCGCCAUUUGAGCCGCCAGCGAUGACGCCGGCAACAGAGGGGACCACAAAAAAGGGAGUUAAAUUUGAAAAAAUGGAAACGAUAUCAACAUUCGCACAGUUCUACGAAAGUAAGAGGAGCGAGGGGAAGUACAAGGAGUACGGAGCAGAUCCGAGGCUGGAGGAGCACCUGUACGGAAGCAGAAUAGUGACCAACUUCGAGCUGGUGGAGUUCACGCAGAACCCGAACAUAGACACGACGCUGGACUCGCCGGAUUUCACGCUGGACAUCAAGUACGACGCGCUCUACACGUUCAACGCGUUCUUCCAGACGCCACUGGAGAUGAUUAACCAACACCUGUUCUCCCAGAGACCAAAAAUAGAAGAAGAAUGGGACGUUGUCACUGUUGGUGAUUGGGAUUCCGAGGAACUACGGGCCAGUAGACGUGGUGUCACAGCUAGUGGAAGCACACCAGAAGGUGAUGGGCACCAAAGGUAUGGUAUGGAAACACACCAAUGUUUAGAAACACUGUUUGACGCGUGGCAGAGCGAAGAGGAAGCGGAUGAACUCACCCCAAUCAAGAUGCAGAACACGCUGAAGAACGACUGCAAAAACCUGGGAAUCUCGAAGUUCAUACUGCUCUUCGGAGACUCGAACGUGGCAAUCAACGAGAUACCGCUGAUGUACCCGAGGAACCCGGAGGCGCAGGAAGCUGGGGACGACAUGGAGGAAAUCAAAAAGAGGUUCAUCGCAAACGACCAGCCGGAAGGAAUGGGACUGCUGGUGUUUGAAAGCGAGGAGCAGGCGCUGCGCUUCUGGUCAGUGAUGGCGACGAACCUGGUGCAGGUGUACCCCUCGGCAAUGAGGAUGUGCCCAGACCCCUCAGGCUGGAGAAUAUACUCGGAGGCGCUGUCGCUGUCCUUUAAGACGGAAAUGCUCACGGGAGCGCCGCAGCCAGUGAAGUCGCCGCAGAACGACACGCUGGACCUGCUCUCAGUGCUGACGACGCCGAACGCAAGCUUCACGCAGACGCCCUCGCAAGCAGGCGGGCACUACAGUCAGAGCAGGCAGCAGGUGGAAUCGCCUGGAAACAAGGGCGACGCGAAGCCGGCGAAGAACACCACGCUCACGUACGUCUGCUCCUACGUGUCGGAGCAGGAGGACGCGAACCAGAUGGCCAAAAACCUGACCAAGCACGGAGUGAAGUGCAUGUACCACAAGCCCUCAAAAAUCAUGUCGCUGCAGUUCCCGGACGAGAAGACGCUCCAGGAAAUAACCUUCGGAAGGAAAAUUUACAUGACGCACACGGGCUCGCGCGUCCAGUGCUGCUUCAUCAAGUGCGACGGGAAGGCGAUGCCGAUCCUGAAGAGGGCUAACGUGGAGCACCUGUCGAACUCGCUCGACAGGAAGAAGAGCGCGCCGGCGAAGACGAUAAGAUUUAAGCCUCCAGCGCAGGGGAUUAUGAACGUGGAGGACCUGAAAGAGUAA